CAUCCAGGUCACUCAGUACCGAUCGCAUUGCAUCCAUUCACUCUUUUGUUCCAACUUAAAAAGUCCUUCACUUCUUCGGCUUAUACCACGCUCAUUACGCAGGAUCGUAUCUUCAACACACUUUCACUUCUCUCUUCAAGUCCUUCGAAUCGAACGUUUCCACCAUGAAGUACAUCACCUCCGCCCUCGCUUUCGCUACUGCCGUUGCAGCUCACGGCUAUGUCAACAACGCUACCAUCGGUGGCAAGGAAUACGUCUUCUACCAGCCUUACCAGGACCCUUACAUGACCGACGUGAAGCGUAUCUCGCGUCCCAUCCAGGGCAACGGACCUGUUGAGGACGUUGCCAUCUCUGAUAUCCAAUGCGGUGGUUACGCUGCUGGUGGUAUCAACGGCUCCAAGCCUGCUGCCCUGCAUGCUGAGGCUGCCGCUGGUUCUGAUGUUGAGCUCUUCUGGACGCUAUGGCCUGAGAGCCAUAUGGGUCCUACCAUCACAUACAUGGCCAAGUGCCCCGACACUGGCUGUAACGACUGGAUGCCCGAGUCUGCUGCUGUCUGGUUCAAGGUCCAGGAAGAUGGCCGUCAAGGCACUUCAGAUGUCUGGGGCUCCGACGCUCUCCAGGUUCCUGGCGGUUCCGUCACCUACACUAUCCCCAAGUGCAUUGCCCCUGGCUACUACCUCGUUCGCCACGAAAUUGUUGCGCUACAUGCCGCGUACCAGUACCCUGGUGCCCAAUUCUACCCUGGUUGCCAUCAGCUCAAGGUCACUGGUGGUGGAAGCACAAAGCCCAGUGGUCUUGUUUCCUUCCCCGGCGCCUACAAGGGCUCUGACGCUGGCAUCACUUACGAUGCCUACAAGGCCUCCACCUACACCAUCCCUGGCCCAAAGAAGUUCACCUGCUAGACGGGUGACUCGCUGAUCAGUAUCCCUGAGAUGAAACACACUUCACUGUAAAUAUUCGCAAUCGUAUAUAGUCCUUGCAUUGACAUGAAUGGAUCUUUGCAACAUCUCAAACAGUCUUGUCUCUGUCAGCUUCGCGCCCGUAUUAUACUUCGCACACAUGAUCCUCAAUGUUCACCAGACGAUCUCGAUA